AUGGGCUGCAUUCAGAGCGUCGCCUGUAAGCCCCGCAUUAAACGCGAGAACAUCAUUGUUUAUGACCUAUCAGCUACCAUUGACCAAUGCCCGACAGGGAUCGAGGAAAAUUCGCCCAUAGUGCUCCGCUACAAAACCCCGUACUUCAAGGCCUCCGCCCGGAUAGUGAUGCCACCCAUCCCUCGCAAUGAAGCUUGGGUGGUGGGCUGGAUUCAAGCGUGCACUCAGAUGGAGUUUUACAACACUUAUGGAGAUCUUGGCAUGUCAAGCUGGGAGCUGCCGGAGUUAAGAGAGGGACUCGUGAAAGCCAUCAGCGACUCGGAUGGCGUCAGCUACCCGUGGUACGGGAACACCACCGAAACGGUGACCCUCUCCGGACCCACGUCCAAACCCUCACGCUUCACCGUCAGCAUGAACGAUAACUUCUAUCCCAGCGUAACGUGGGCCGUACCGGUGAGCGAGAGCAACGUGCCUUUGCUAACGCGAAUCAAGCGGGACCAGAGCUUCACCACUUGGCUGGUGGCUCUGAACAUGGCCACGCAGGAGAAGAUCCUUCUCCAGACAGUCAAGUGGAGGAUGAAGGUGGACAUCGCCGUUGACCCUUCCAAGCCGCUGGGCUCUCGAGCGAGACUCGCUGGCAGGCUGUACCAGGACCAGCCCAAGGUCUUGGCCCAUAUGGAGCCCAUUCCCACUAAUGCUCUGGGCAACCCCAAUGCCAACGAUGCUCAAGUGCUGAUGUGGAGACCCAAGCGAGGCCCGCCGUUAGUGGUCAUCCCAUCUAAGUAG